AUGGGACGUGCCGGAGCCAUGUGUGACGGUGCCAUCCUGGUGAUUGUGCUUGUCCUGCUGCUGGCCACUGUGGCUGUCUGGUGGGCCGUUGGCCACUGGCAACCACGGAGGCGGCAGGCACGGACAUUGAAGAGGCGCAAGCGCCCCGGGGUGCAGCCCAGAGGCUCACGGAGGAAGCGAGGAGCCCCUGUGGCUCCCAGGUCCUCCAGGCCUCGGGCGACCCCUCGCAAGCGGCCACGUGCUCCCGCGAGCCCCCUGCACAGCCCCUGCAGCUGCGGCCCCUGCAUGGCAGUGGCCCAGGAGCUGCAGGAACUGAUGCUGCUGCUCUGGGCUCGCAAUGGGACAUGGACGCUCAGUGAGACCUGUCAGCCUGCAGAAGGUGCAGAGCCUGUGGACAGGUCUCCCAGCUCCCUUGGACUCACGGACUUCAACAAUACGGGCGCAACCCUGACAACUGAUGUGGCCAGGGAAAGCCCAGAAGUCCAAGUGGGAGCCCAGCCCGAUCCAGGGGAGCCUUCUCAGGAGCAGGUGGCGGAGCAGCAAGUGAGCUGGAGCCAGCAGUUGCCAGCCCACAGCUCCCAGGACGCUGUGCCGGCUGUGCCAGCUGGCAACAGCUCGUGCCUGGUGGCGGAGACGACCCUCAAGAGACCCAGGAGGCUCGUCCAUCUCCAGGAAGCUGCUCCGAGAUGGCCACCGACUACCAGGAAGGCCUUUCUGGUAGCAGCUGCUCCUGACACCCCCCUGUGCGAGUCCUCGGGCUGUAGCCCCGGCAGUCCUCAACAGCAGAGUCCAGCCCACGACGCCGGGGACAGCGACGGUGCCGCCCUGCCCCGCUGCCCUCCGGCUCCUGCAGCCGCCUCUGCGCGCUCCCCUGCCCCAGCUCUGCCGCUCGCCAGCCCGACGGCUGCAAGGCGGUGGCCGCUGCCCGGCGCGCAGCAGGAAGCAGGGCAAAAGAAGAAGCUGCAGGAGCUGUACCAGCUGGGCCCGCAGCUGGGCAGCGGUGGCUUCGGCACCGUUUUCUCGGGCAUCCGCCUCUCGGACGGGAGCCCGGUGGCCAUCAAACGCGUGGCCCGGGAGAGCGUCCUGCAGUGGUACGAGCUGCCCGACGGCACCCGUGUUCCCAUGGAGAUCGUGCUCAUGGAGAAGGUGGGCUCUGGCUGCCACAACAUCAUCCAGCUCCUCGACUGGUUUGAGCUGCCUGACAGCUUCCUGCUGGUGAUGGAGCAUCCGGAGCCAUCGCAGGAUCUCCUGGCCUUCCUGCUGGAGCAGGGGUUCCUGUGCGAGGAGAUGGCGCGCUGGCUUUUCUGCCAGGUGCUGGAGGCCGUGCGGCACUGCACCGCCUGUGGCGUCCUGCACCGUGACAUCAAGCCAGAGAAUCUCCUCGUGGACCCGGAGAGCGGCGGCCUGAAGCUCAUCGACUUCGGUUGUGGCACCUUCCUCCAGGAGCAGGCCUUCACGCGAUUUGCCGGAACACACAUGUACAGCCCACCCGAGUGGAUCUGCCUUGGCUGCUACCACGGCCAUUCGGCAACCAUCUGGUCCCUGGGCGUGCUGCUGUACGUCAUGGUCUGCGGGAACAUGCCCUUCCAGGAGGACCGUGACAUCGUGUCGGGGCAGCUCUUCUUCUGGCAGCAGGUCUCUCCAGAGUGCCAACAUCUGAUCCGCUGGUGUUUGUCCAAGCACCCCGCGGACAGGCCAGCGCUGGAGGAGAUCUUGCGCCACCCUUGGGUGCGGGGCAGGCGUCUUUGAUGCCUUGCUGGAGCCUCUGCAGCACCCGGUUACCGAGUCCCACGCAGGACUGAGGGC